AUGCCAUGGGGGCUCAUUUUGCCAGCCGGCCAAAAAGACUUGACUGGCCAUGCUUCUGUCUCACAGGCGGGUGUCGGCUACUCUGCCGUCGUCCAGCAGUUCGUCGAGCAGAUCAAGCAGUACACUGAACAGUGGGAGAACAAAGAUGAGAGCAACAACUUCGACCAGCGCUACGACCUGGAGCUCGCCAGGAAGUCGGUCUUCCCCAUUGUGGAGGCCGAGCUUCGUGCAUUGGUCGACGACCAGAUGCGAGAGGAGCUGGCCAACCUGAAGCUGCUCUUUGAUGAGGUCAAGAAAGGCGGCAAGAAAGGCAAAGGGAAGAAGGGAGCUAAGGCAAAGAAGCCGAAGAAGCCGAAGCCUCCAAAAAAGUGGUGCGCAGCUGUCGGCAUGAUCACCAACCGAGAAGACUGCGUGCCCGAUCUGGUGGAGCAAGGCAUCCUCAAGAAAGUGGCGCCCUGCAAGCUGGAGGACUUCCUCGGGGAGUACCACUUUCUGGGAGCCAUGCAGCGCAGCCCGCAGUACAACUACUGCCCGCCGCCCUCCGCGCAGAUGAUCAGGUCGCUUCUGGUCGAGCACUGCGUUCUUCCCCUCGCUCAAACCGACAUCCGGCAGAAAGCGCCCAAGAACCUGACUGCCAGGUCUUUGUUGCUCUAUGGGCCCAAGGGGAGUGGGAAAUCGAUGCUUGCUCGGGCGAUUGCCGCCGAGACCGGUGCUUCCUCCCUUGGCCCUUGCAGUGCAGCUUCGAGUCUCUUGUCAAGAGGGGCAGUGUGGUUCGGGGCUGCUCUCUGCGGCUCCUUGGCCGGCUCUGCGACCGCGUGGUUCGCAGACCUUCGUGGCGCCGACCGCGGUGCAGGAACCUGCUUCACAGCCUUCCCUCCGCGGGCGAACUGCUGCGGAGGCCGCCCAUCCAAGAAGUCCCGGGCACAGGCGGUGGUGCGCCAAGCUAAGGACCACAUCAACAUCGGCACCAUCGGCCACGUCGACCACGGGAAGACCACGCUCUCGGCCGCCAUCUCCCUCGUGUGCAGCCAGUUCAGCACCUCCGACGACACCACCAGGAAGUCCUACGAGGAGAUUGACAACGCGCCGGAGGAGCGCGCCCGCGGUAUCACCAUCAACGCCUCGCACAUCGAGUAUGAGACGGAGUCCAGGCACUACUGCCAUGUGGAUUGCCCCGGCCACGCGGACUACGUCAAGAACAUGAUUACAGGAGCCUGCCAGAUGGACGGUGGCAUCCUCGUGAUCAGCUCGCCGGAUGGCCCCAUGGCCCAAACUCGUGAGCACAUCCUCCUCUCCAAGCAGGUCGGCGUUCCUGCGCUGGUGUGCUUUAUGAACAAGGUGGACAUGAUGGACGAUGAGGAGCUCCUGGAGCUGGUCGAGCUGGAGACGCGCGAGAUGUUGAGCCAGUAUGGCUUCCCGGGCGACGACACGCCCUUCAUCCAAGGCAGCGCGCUCCAGGCUCUUGAGACGAUGAAGUCGAACCCGGGAACCAAGAAGGGUGAUGACAAGUGGGUGGACAAGAUCCUGGAGCUCAUGGAGACCGUGGACGAGUACAUCCCCACGCCGGAGCGCGACACAGACAAGCCUUUCCUGCUGGCCGUGGAGGACGUGUUCUCCAUCUCGGGCCGAGGCACCGUGUGCACGGGCCGCGUCGAGCAGGGCAUCGUCAAGAAGGGCGAUGAGGUCGAGAUCCUUGGCCGCGGCAAGAAGCCCCAGAAGUCCGUCAUUACCGGAAUCCGCAUGUUCAACACCGACCUUCCGGAGGGCCCGGCCGGCUACACGGUGGGAGUGCUGUGCCGUGGUAUCGACAAGGAUGCCGUCUUCCGCGGCCAGGUGAUUUGCGCGCCCGGUGCCACCAAGACCCACACCAAGUUCAAGGCGAACAUCUACUUCGCCAAGAAGGACGAGGGCGGCCGCUCCAACCCAGUGAUGCCUGGCUACAUGCCUGUGUUCUACUUCCGUACCUGCGACGUCACGGGCAAAAUCGAGGGCAUGGUGAGCAGCGACGGCGAUGACGUGCAGAUGGCCAUGCCCGGUGACAACAUCACCUGCACCUGCGAGCUCAUCGCCGGCACGCCCAUCGAGAAGGGCAUGCGCUUCGCCAUGCGCGAGGGCGGCCGCACCAUCGGCCAGGGCCUGAUUGAGGAGACCAUGCUACCCGACUGCAGGCACUACUGCCAUGUGGAUUGCCCCGGCCACGCGGACUACGUCAAGAACAUGAUCACAGGAGCCUGCCAGAUGGACGGCGGCAUCCUCGUCAUCUCCUCCCCGGAUGGACCCAUGGCACAGACUCGUGAGCACAUCCUCCUGUCCAAGCAGGUGGGUGUGCCUGCCCUCGUGUGCUUCAUGAACAAGGUGGACAUGAUGGACGACGAGGAGCUCCUUGAGCUGGUCGAGCUGGAGACCCGCGAGAUGUUGAGCCAGUACGGCUUCCCGGGAGAUGACACACCCUUCAUCCAAGGAUCCGCACUCCAGGCUCUGGAGACGAUGAAGUCCAACCCGGGCACCAAGAAGGGCGAUGACAAGUGGGUGGACAAGAUCCUGGAGCUCAUGGAGACUGUGGACGAGUAUAUCCCCACGCCGGAGCGCGACACGGACAAGCCUUUCCUGCUGGCCGUGGAGGACGUGUUCUCCAUCUCGGGCCGAGGCACCGUGUGCACGGGCCGCGUCGAGCAGGGCAUCGUCAAGAAGGGCGAUGAGGUCGAGAUCCUUGGCCGCGGCAAGAAGCCGCAGAAGUCCGUCAUUACCGGAAUCCGCAUGUUCAACACCGACCUCCCGGAGGGCCCGGCCGGCUACACGGUGGGAGUGCUGUGCCGUGGUAUCGACAAGGAUGCCGUCUUCCGCGGCCAGGUGAUUUGCGCGCCCGGUGCCACCAAGACCCACACCAAGUUCAAGGCGAACAUCUACUUCGCCAAGAAGGACGAGGGCGGCCGCUCCAACCCGGUGAUGCCCGGCUACAUGCCUGUGUUCUACUUCCGUACCUGCGACGUCACGGGCAAGAUCGAGGGCAUGGUGAGCAGCGACGGCGAUGACGUGCAGAUGGCCAUGCCCGGAGACAACAUCACCUGCACCUAG